UACUUCCUGGGGAUCCUGAAAGCCAAGGGGAGCCUGCGACCUGCAGAGCGCCAGUCUCUGUUUGGGUGCUGGGAGCUCAUCUACGGCGCCAGCCAAGAGCUGCUUCCCUGCUUGGAAGAAGGGCGCUGGGGACAAGGGCUAGAAGGCUUCUGCACGCACCUGGAGCUCUACACCCAGUUCGCUGCCAAUGCAGAGAGGUCCCAGGCCACGCUCCAGGAGCAGCUAAAGAAAAACAAGCGUUUUCGGAGGUUUGUGAGGCUUCAGGAAGGCCGCCCUCAGUUUGGAGGCCUUCAGCUGCAGGACCUGCUGCCUCUGCCUCUGCAGCGGCUCCAGCAGUAUGAGAAUCUCGUUGUUGCUUUGGCUGAAAACACAGGUCCCAACAGCCCUGACCACCGACAGCUCACACGGGCUGCCCGACUGAUAAGCGAGACUGCCCAGAGAGUGCACACCAUUGGUGAGAAACAGAAGAAUGACCAGCACCUUCAGCGUGUCCAGGCCUUGCUCAGUGGACGCCAGGCAAAGGGGCUCACCUCAGGUCGCUGGUUCCUACACCAGGGCUGGCUGUUGGUGGUGCCUCCUGCUGGGGAGCCUCGGCCCCGAAUGUUUUUCCUCUUCUCUGAUGUGCUUGUCAUGGCCAAGCCCCGGCCCCCAUUGCAUCUGCUAAAGAGUGGCACCUUUGCCUGCAGGGCCCUCUACCCCAUGGCCCAGUGUCAGCUCUGCAGGGUCUUUGGUCACUCGGGAGGUCCCUGUGGGGGACUGCUCAGCCUGUCCUUCCCCAGUGAGAAGCUACUGCUUAUGUCCACAGACCAGGAGGAACUGUCACACUGGUACCAGAGUCUGACACUGGCUAUUAGCAGCCAGAACUAGAAGAACCUACAAAUUCUAAAAUUCAAGACACUUCAGGGAUAGGUCAAAGCCAAGAGUACAAAAGGAUCUUCUAACAAAGUGAGAAUUUCUCACGACCUUUCAUAGUUUAACAAGGCUCAUUUUGUGUUUAGCAAGCUACUCUGGGUCAUCAGACCAGCUCUUAAGAAUUACAAAACCAGGCAGGCAUGAUGGUACACACCUGUAAUCCCAGCACUUGGGAGGCUGAGGCAGGAGGAUCACUGUGAGUUCAAGGCCAG